AUGGAAGACGAAUCGUACCCAUCGACUUCAGUAAUUGACAUGAGUAAUGUCGAUGAUAUCGAAAACAUGUUUGAAAAACUUGUGAGUAGACAGAACAGGUUUACAAAGGAGUUUGAGAACAAUAUCGAAAUAUGCUGUACACAGCUUAAUAAGUUAAAGGAUAUAAGUAACAAUGAUACUAUAAAUCUGCUAAACAGCCUUUAUAACUCUAAGUUAACUGUUGAUAGUCUCAGGUUAAUCCAAAAUGAUUAUGAACCUUGUUCAGUUUGUAAGACGGUUGAACAUGCUCCUCUGAACUAUAAGGAAGAGAGUAGAGAAAGGAUAAGAAAGAGGUCAACAGACCAGUCUGAUGACUAUUUUGAGUUCAUGAGUAGGACGAAAAGUUUUAGAAACACGCGUUUUUUCUUUGAUUUUAAAGGUUCAGCCCACCCAAGUGACCCUGAAUCGUUCAAAAAGGAGGCCAGUAACACUUUUCAUAACAAUAAAUUUUCUGACUACUUUGUAUUCUUAAUUAACGAAAGGCCUACCACUGAUACAAGCACUUUUAAAAAAUUUACAUUCAACUCAUUUAAAUCGUUUGGAGCUCGUUUUUUAGAGUUAAUCAUUAGCUUCUUCCCGCUUUUUAAUAUAACUAACUUUUCAAACCUUAUUAUCGUAGUACAAUGGUUUUUAUAUAUUCUAAGGGUUUUAGUUCUUAGAAAAAUUUUUAAGCAAACAGAUAUUGAGAAUGAGAGUAAACAAUUUGGAGCAUUUAGUGGUCAGUUAUUGAGGGACAAUCUGGAGAUUCACAGGAUAUUCACAUCCACGUUUUUCCACAAUUCAUUUGCUCACCUGGUUAUUAGUACAAUGAUGCAUUUGAGGUUCAGCUCAGUAUUCGAGAAGUUAAACGGGAUACUGGCGACAAUUUUCGUCUACCUUUCAAGCUCAGCCUACGGGAUGAUUGGAGUGUGCUGGAUUACACCUGACACUUUACAGGCAAGUGGUUUCGCAGGGGAUUGGGGAGUAGCAGGAGCUCUACUAAGUAGAUUCUUCCUAUUUCCCUUUUUGGUUCACCGAGAAUACCAAAACAUAACAAACGUAGUUGUUAGUUACAUAUGCCUGUUCUUUCUGAAAACUAUUGGUAAAGGAAGCUCAAUUGUAGUCUUGGCACACCUGUUAAGUGCGAUUUCAGGACUUUGCAUGGGUACAAUGAUUAAUAUAAGAUCAAAAACAAACAAAGUUUCAGGAUUAAAGAGGCUCUUAACUGACUUUGUGUGUUCAUGCGCGCUACUUGUGGUUCCCAUCUUCUCAAUCUUCAUGCUUUUCACAUCCAAAGGACCAGACGAUCAUUUUUAUAGAUAAAAACGAGGAAUACUGAUAGAAUACAGGGUUUCUGUCAAUUUUGGCCCAAAUAUAUAUGGAGUAUUAUUGUCGUGUUGGGUUCCUACCUAUUCUUACCAAAACUUUGUC